AUAGGUUGCAUAACUAGUAGGUUUCCUUAAACAUUUCAAUUUUAACACAUAAUUCCUUAGAACGACGGGUUUUUUCAUUCACUUAACUCAUUCACUGAACCUUAGGACUGCAAAUUUUGUCAGAUCAUUAAAAUUUCAAGAGUCAUUUUGCUGUCAACACGUGUGACUUUAGAACAGCAAUUGUGUACCGCAUGUAGAAGAAAGAAACUAUCUAACAGUUGUUUUCUUUCUUUGAUCGAGUGGUAGAGAUUAAAGAUUAAAAACUAAUUUCUACGAUGGAUAAAAAGUGGCGAUGGGGUUUGCUCGGACUAGUCGUUGUGGCUGUAUUAUUGACAAUUUUCUUAGUGAUAUUUCUUACGUCAUCGACAUCACCAGAAGCGAUAUUAAUAGUGGACGCGCCAGUGGGAUCAAUCUCGGGGAUUAGGGCCAUGGAUGGAGACUACAAUAUGUUCUUGGGCAUCCCAUAUGCUCAAGUAAACUUGAGCAAUCCUUUCGGGGCGUCUACUCCUUACCCAAAAUUUGACACCGUCUUUGUCGCCGACGAUAAUUCGAAGAUUUGUGCGCAGCGAAAUUACGACUAUGGAGUGUUAGAUUGCCUACACCUCAGCAUCUCAGUGCCAGACGCAACAAGAAACAGCCUACUUCCUGUGAUGGUUUGGAUCCACGGCGGAGCAUUCGUGUCAGGGACAAGCAAUACGUUUGGGGCCAAAUUUUUAGUUAAACAGGACGUAAUAGUUGUUACUAUCAACUACCGUUUAGGACCGUAUGGGUUCAUGUGUCUAGAUAUCCCCGAGGUGCCCGGCAAUCAAGGACUAAAAGACCAAGUCUUAGCUCUGAGAUGGAUCAAGGAUAACAUCGAAGCAUUUGGGGGAGAUGUCAACAAGGUCACUCUAUUUGGCUUGAGUGCUGGAGCACAUUCAAUUGAUUUCCACAUUCUCUCUGAUACUGAGAUACUUUACAAUAACGCCAUUCUCCAAAGCGGUAGUUCUUUGGCUUCUACUGUAUUUACCAAUCACCCCAAAAGAGCUCCAAUAGAUAUUGCAGCACAGCUUGGGUUUGUUACUGAUUCUAUGCUUGAAGCAAUAUCUUAUUUGUCAACUGUGGAUCCAAAUCAAGUUAUAUACAUAUCUAAUGCACUGAAUUUUCAUUAUAAGCCAUGUACAGAAAUGUACUUUAAAAAUGUCGAACCAUUUUUGACAAGACCUUGGGUUACCGCAGAUACACCUAAAGUGGAAGGAAUCCCUAUUCUUAUAGGAUUCAGUGAUCAAGAAAUGCUCUUGCGGUAUGCUAAUAAUUUUAAUUUUGACAACUACAAUGCUAUUAAUGAUAGGCUUUCAGAGACAUUUAAUUUUGAUGACGUGAAAAUGGCUGAAAUGGAAGCAAAUAUACGGAACUUUUAUUUUGGAGAUAAAGACAUAACUGUUGACCUACUUUGGGAAGCGAUAGAAUUCGAUUCAGAUUACACGUAUGUUUAUCCCAUUCAUAGAACCAUAAAUAAGUACUUAGCAAGCGAAUCUCAGAGUAUAUUUUUAUAUGUUUUCGCUUAUUAUGGCGAAAGGAAUUUACAAAAAAAGAAAAGUAAUGUCACUAUAGGAACGGCUGCUCAUGGUGAUGAGUGGCCGUAUUUAUUCGACUCCAAAGACUUAAAUGAAGAACCAACAGUAGAAGAUCAAUUGAUAAUAGACCGAAUGACAACUAUGUGGACUAAUUUUGCAAAAUACAGUGACCCAACUCCAGAGACAUCAAGCUUGCUGCCCAUCAGGUGGCCUUCGAUCACCGCUGACUCAUACAACUACAUGACGAUCGACUCCGAAAUGACGGUCGGACGGCGACCCAACCACGGCAGGAUAACUUUCUGGGACCUAUUUUAUAAGUUCAACGCGGAAUAUGAAAAAGGAUAUUAUGAGAACUCAUCAUCAUCAUCAUCUCAGCCAUAGGACGUCCACUGCUGAACAUAGGCCUCCCCCAAUGCUUGUUACCCGGUUGGUAACGGCUUGCGUCCAGCGCUUUUCUGCUACCUUUAUGAUGUCGUCGGUCCACGUUAUGAGAACUAGUGAUUUAAAAUUAUUGGAAGUGUUAUGUACAGUCACGGAAUGAAAAGGUUCGUCAGUUUUCAAAUUGAUUUCUUCAACGAAUCACGAGCACAUAUUACCUUUUGAAACUAUGUUACAGAAUUAUCUCGAGUUAGAGAAAAUAAUCUUUAACUGUUCGUCAGUAAAGUUCAAAAUUAUUCAAAUCAAAGUUGUUUGACGAUUUAACUUGUCAAGAAGAUUAUUAUGAUUGAUAAACUAAAACCUUCUUAUUGGUUCAACCUGCCAUUAUCUAUUAAAUAAAUAAAAAACUACAUUUUGUAACAUUGCACUGAUGGGAUAGAAAAAUAAACAAGCAAAACCUUAUUCGUUAGCAAACGUCAUAUUUAUUUAAAUGUUAGCAGCACUGUUUCUUGCACGGUUAUGUUGGCAGCUUUGACGCUUACAGUACCUAGUGCAAGCGAAAACCGACACUAAGGUGACGAACCUUUUCAUUCCGCGACUGUACCUUUUCUUGGCUUAAAUCUCUGUAACAAUAAAAUUUAUGUCUAGGCUUA